GUCAUCAGACUUUGUAUCAUUAAAACAUUGGUAUACAUAAUCAGCAAAUAACAGUGAUUUAGGGUCUUCAAUUAUGGCUAUGGCUUAUGCUGUUUAGCACUUUGUAUAGUUAAAGAACGGUACACUUUUUAUUAAUGUUCAUGUGUUCUAAUUCACUGCUGAUGGAAGCAUGGAAUAUUGUCCUGAGAGAAGCAUGAAUUCCAGUUCUAUUAUGGGUUAAAUAUUCCACUCUAGUUUAAAGGCUCAACAUGUUCAGUGGAGUGAAUGAAGCUCACACUGAGUUGAGUUGGAACUGCUGACUCCUGAAAGACACUCCCAGGGAAAAGAGUGCAGGCCACUGGAGGGGAAAUUCAGAUGGUUACUCUUCUGAUCAAACAGUUGGAAAGUGUGGUGGAGGCAUGCUUGCCCCCUGUUAUUGGGUAUGGCCAAGGGGCAUUAGGCCUUGCCCCCUGUUAUUGGGUAUGGCCAAGGGGCAUUAGGCUCUUACACUAGUAGCUGAUUAUUAAAGAUGAUACUGCCGUUCCAUUUUCAUCCCUCAAAAUGGUCAUCAUUUGGGAAGCUCUGAUUGGACUUCUGGCAACGCCUACUCACAAGAACUAAUGCAAUGAAACCCAUGGAUCAAGAACGCAGCAAUGAUCAUUUAUUUAAAUGAAACCCUUAGGCCAAGAACACGGCAAUUUAUUGGAGUUAUUCUAAAGUCACUUGCUUAUUUAUGGUUGACAUUUCUUUUAAAUUGGUUGACGUUCCCAUUUGUGGUGAAUGUGCUGCAGUGAAUGUUAAACUACGUAAACACUGCCAUGACCUUAUCCCACAAUGCAGCUGGAUGGUGAAAGCGCGUUAUCCGUGCAUGGCAGGGGCAGAAGGACGUUACUGAAUUAGAUAGCUGUUAAACAACGAGUAGCUAGUGAGCCAGUCAGCCGGGACAGUAACGUUGUUGUCUCUGUCAGAACUAUAUUCGGACCGUCUAGUUGAUUCAACCAGACAUGGCGCCCUUCGGUCUCCUGUCUGCUGGUGCCAGCCUUUUGGCCAAGUCACUCAGUCUCUUCUCCAACGCUUCCAGUCUUGCAAGGUUCGUCAGUGUGAUCCCAGCUGUAAAGAGCUUCACCACCAGUGCAGGUGCGCCCCCCAAGAGGCCCCUGAACGGAUACAUGAGAUUUGUGAAACAGCAACAACCUCUCGUUGUCAGGCAGUAUCCAGAUGUGAAAGCUGUGGACGUGAUAAGGAAGAUUGCACAGCAGUGGAGAACUCUGACAGCAGACCAGAAACAGCCUUUUCAACAGGCGUCAGUGGUUGCCAGGGAACAGUUUAAGGUGGACCUGCAGAGGUACCAGUCCCAACUCAGCCCGGCACAGGCUGCUGCUCUGAAAGAGGAGAGGAGACGGAGGCUGGCCAAGAGGAAAGCCAUCAGAAGGAAGAGGGAGUUGAACAGUCUGGGCAAACCCAAACGCCCCCGGUCGGCCUUUAACAUCUACAUGGCAGAACACUAUGAGGAGUCCAGAGGGAUUACCAUGCAGGUUAGU